AGUACAAAGCAAAGCCAAGCCGCCAUCCAAUAACAUCUCUAUAACAAGAAGAGAUAUUGUCUGAAUCGAUUCGGGCCAACUUCUCGUUCUCAUUAUCAUUAAUCUAAUCGAAUCUACGCUCCUCGUUCACGUGUCGUUUUCGACCUUCUCCUUCUCCCGCCGACGCCUCGGCGAAUUCAAUUCGAAUAGUACCAGAUAACCCAUGAGCCUAUUGUACCCCAACACAGCUGGGUCAUAUUUGAUUUGGCGGCCUUCUGAAUUCCGAUUCCCAUUGCUGUCGCUCAGCGGAACCCGCGAGAAAUACGGGACCAAGAAGUCCUUGCGAUGGAACUCCGGAUACCUGAGAGCGAAGCUGCGUUGUACUAACGUCAUUGUUAGUAAUGAGAAAAAUGGUGAUUUGCGAGGCGAAGAUGGAGAGUGCGUCGAAGUGAUUGUCAUCGGAAGCAGGAAAGACGCGGUGUUGGACUUCUGCGCUGCCUCGCCUCUCCUUACUCCCGCUUUGAGAUUUUGGAAUAUUGUUGGUAAUGGCUCAGACCAGGUUCGACUCCAGCAUAGAUUUACUGGGCAAGAUACUACUCAGAGAAAUGUAGAGGAACUCUCAGCUUGGCAGCCAUCUUGUAAAGCUGUUAUACUUGUUGCUAGUGCUGCUUAUGGCUUAGAUCACGUUACAGCACUUGAGGUUCUGAGCAACGUUCAAUCUGAUGAUGGGUUUACAGUUGGAAUCAUAUUGAAGCCAUUUAGGUUUGAAGGACAAAGGCGACAAGAUGAGGUUAAGGAUUUGGUCAGCAAACUCCAGAAGCAGACAAACUUUUGUAUUGUUCUUGAUACGGAUACACUUCUUGAGAAUGAUCUGGUUACUCUGGAUGAGGCUUUGAGGACUUCUAACAAUGCUGUUCUCAUGGCUAUGAAAGCCAUUUCCAUGCUCUUAUCUGAGAAACUCACAAAGCUUUUGUGCUCAAGAGAUAAUUUGACCAGAGAACUUCAACUUCCAGACUUAAGAAAAAUUUUUGAGAGUUAUAGCGAAGCAAGAAUUGGCUUUGGAGCUGGUCACAAUGUCAAAACUUCAAUUCGGCACGCCAUUAGUGAAUGCCCUUUCCUAGGGCUGGACAUAAAGGAUUGUGAUGGUGUAAUUUUAUGCAUUAUUGCAAGUUCACUAGUGUUGGGAAGCAAUGAUGCAAAUGACAUAUUGCACACAGUUCGAUCAACUACACAAUUCCGAGGUGACAUUAUUGUUUCUCUUGCACAUGAGCCCAAUCUGGAGACUAAGACGAUAUUGGCUACCGUAUUUGUUUUUGGGCUGGUUGCAUGUGAUAUUGACAGAUUCACACAACAGAAGUUAGCUCCUGCUCCCAGAAAUGGCAUAUUAUCCAGCCUGGGACAACAUUUUCCUUUCAUAUUCAACAUCUUCAAGAAGCAAAUGGGCAACCCUGAGAAAGCUCUUCCAUAUAAGAGCCCUCAAUUUACUGAAGGGAUAUAUUCACCUGUCAUGAAGAAUAUACCUGAUGCAAAUUUCACAUAUGGUCCAAGUGAAGAUGCUGAAGUUUUUUCUGACAAAAUCCAACAGCCAUCUGGCAAUAUGGAUGAAGAAUGCGAUUCUUUAAGGUCUGGAGAUGGCGAGCUAGGAUUGUCAGAGACUAAUGAUAGUCAAUCUUCUUAUAUGUUGAACUAUGAAGAAACGCACAUGUUCAAGAGGGAGCUGCUUACUAGAGGCAAUCUAGGGCCAAGUCAUUCGUCAGAACAGUCCAAGUAUGGAACAAAUGUUCUAGAAGCUACUGGCAUAGUUGACAAUAUCAGCAUUUACAGACUUCCUGUGGGUGUAAAAAUUUUAGAGAAGUUUGAAAAUCCACCUCCCAACACCGACACUAAGCAUGGGAUAGCCCGGAGAGUCGAUGACAAUGAAAAGAAACAGCAAUCCGUUGUGCCUAGUUUGUCUUGGCCUGGAUUAAUUGAUGCUGAAAACAAUAAUACUACCAAAGCAAAUUGCAUUGGUAGUCCGAAGAAGCAGGGAGUUCUUUCUGUUCGAGCACUAUCAAUGUUGGAAUCAGAGAGGGAUUCCCAGAAAAAGUGGAACCGUGUGGUGGAAAUGAAGUAUCGUGGAGGAGUAUACAGAGGGCGCACCCAAGGAGGACUUCCGGAGGGGAAGGGUCGUCUGUUGCUUGGGGAUGGAAGCAUAUAUGAUGGAAUGUGGCGGUAUGGCAAGAGAUCGGGUCUGGGAACAUUCUACUUCAACAAUGGUGAUGUUUUCCAGGGAUCAUGGAGAGAUGAUGUCAUGCAUGGCAAGGGAUGGAUUUACUUUCACACCGGGGACAGAUGGUUUGUUAACUUUUGGAAGGGAAAGGCGAAUGGAGAAGGUCGAUUCUACUCAAAACAUGGAAAUGUUUUCUUUGGCCAUUUCAAGGAGGGAUGGAGACAGGGACAGUUUCUGCGAAUCAAUGUUGACGGGACAAGGACUGAAGAAUUGUGGGAUGAAGGCGUGCUGGUGAGUGAAAGGCCGUUGGAUAAGGUUGAUGCUCAAAUUGGUUGAAUAUUGUUAUUUGUAAAUAUUUAUGCUAUAUAUAUAUAUAUAAUUAUGUAUGUGCAUAAUGAUUUUUGUUUGUUCAUAAUUGUGCAACAAAUGUCUAAGCAUCCAUCUAGAUUGAUUACCUUCCUUUUUUUCUUAUAUAGAUUGAUUACCUUUCUUCUUCA